AUGGUGCAUGCCGCGUGUCUACUUGACCAAUUUACGAGGGUUGUUCGGUUCCGAGUUAGAAAUCUCAGCGCUGAAGAACACUUGCUCCUUUCGCGUUUGCAUGUCGUGGAGAACUUAGUCUUGCGUCAGAGACUCGAUUCCGAAGGCACGGCGCAAAGCAUCCGCUGGUACAACUUGCGAGAGACUUUGGAUGGUGCCGUACCCAAAUACAUAACGUCUGACUGUGAGUUUGCACCCAGGCACCGCGCUGACACUUCUCUGGGUCGCCUACUGGAAUGUUUCACCCACUGGACAUAUGAAUACCACGGUCGACAAGCGUUACUUUGUGGCUUCCGUGGGGUUGAAUGGGCUAUCACCGAUGUCACUAUCAUGGACAACACCCGAGAUUGGUUCUUGCAGAACCCUUAUACCGGCGGUUUGCAAUUGUUUGCGUCAACUCAUGUAUGUGGACCUAUGUGUGGUGUGAUCGGUUUAACACAGCAACCUCCUUAUUACCCAGUUGGACCACCACCAAUCCAGCCCGAAAAUUGA